UGGUCCCCGUAAGAUGCAGGUCUGGCUGCCCAAGACUUCAAAGUCGGGAGAACGAGAAAAGAUCCAACCCACGUCAGUGGAGGACAAGAUGUCGUCAAAGAUCAGCAAGGAACACAACUACAUCCGUCUGGUCAACAAGACUCCGAGAUGGAACGAGAAUCUCGGAGCCUUUUGCCUGAACUUCCAAGGACGAGUGACUGUUGCAUCUGUGAAGAACUUCCAACUUGUCGACGAGAACAGCCCCGACCGUGUCGUCUUGCAGUUCGGGAAGUGCUCGGAAGACAUCUUCACGAUGGACUACAGCUACCCCCUCUGUGCGUUGCAGGCGUUUGCUAUCUGCUUGUCAAGCUUUGACCACAAACUGGCGUGCGAGUAGCUCAGCACGCGCUUGAUGCAACAACGAGGGGAGAAGGAGAUGUGAACUCGACCAGUAACUUUAUGAUAAACGAUCAACAUGAGAUGAGAAGAGA